AUGUUUCUUCGAAAUAUAUCAUCUAAAAUAAUAUCAUCGACUAUUCCAACUUUUAGAAUUAAUAGCAUUGCAUUUUUAUCUCGUGGAUAUAGUACAAAAAAAUUUACCAAAGAACACGAAUGGAUAGAAAUUAAAGAUGAUGAAGGCUCAGUUGGAAUUAUAGGUAUUACAGAUUAUGCACAAAAUUCUCUUGGUGAUGUAGUUUAUGUUGCAUUGCCUGAUAUUGGACUUGAAGUUAAGAAAUCAGACGUUCUAGGCUCAGUUGAAAGUGUUAAAGCUGCCAGUGAUAUCUAUGCUCCUAUUAGUGGUAAAGUUGUUGAAUCUAAUGAAAAAUUAUUAACUGAACCUGUUUUAAUUAACAAUAGUUGGUUAUGUAAAAUCAAACUCUCCGAUUCAUCAGAAUUAAAAGAAUUAUUGGAUGAAGUUAUACGUUUAACAAAAAAGCAAUUUUUAAUGCCUGGAUUUGUGGACACUCAUACACAUGCUCCACAAUAUCCUAACGCUGGUACUGGAAUGGAUCUUCCAUUACUUGAAUGGUUGAAAAAGUACACUUUCCCACUUGAAAAAUCCUAUUCGUCAAUGGACUUUACCAAAAAAAUCUAUCCAAUUGUAGUAAAUCAUUUGUUACGUAAUGGCACUACAACAGCUGUUUAUUAUGCAACCAUUCAUUUGGAAGCUAGUAAAUAUCUGGUGGAUGUGAUUAAUCAGAAAGGUCAACGAGCGUUUGUUGGUAAAAUUAAUAUGGAUUGUAAUAGUCCAAUUGAUUAUAUUGAAGAAAAUGUUGAAUCUAAUUCCAUUGGUACUCUGGCAAAAAAAUAUGAUAUACCAAUUCAAUCACAUCUUUCAGAAAAUACUGCAGAGUUAGAACUUGUCAAAAAGUUGUUUCCUCAUAUCAAGAAUUAUACGGCAGUUUAUGAUCAUUAUGGACUAUUGAAUCAUCAAGCAAUAAUGGCCCAUGGUAUUCAUUUAUCAUCGGAAGAGAGAAAACUACUUAGACAACGUAAAGUUGGCAUAUCACAUUGUCCCAAUUCAAAUUUUGCUCUUCGAUCCGGAGUGUGCAAUGUUAGACGAUUGUUGAAUGAUGGUAUUAAAGUUGGUUUGGGUACAGAUAUUAGUGGGGGCCAUGCAAAAUCUAUGUUAGAUGCUAUAAGAAGUGCAAGUACAGCAAGUCGUGUUAUUCAUAUGGCGUCAUCAGAAAAAGAAGGCGAAGAAUGUGAUGAUAAUGAUAAUAGUAUCAGUGCGUAUUCAAGCUUGACGCUUUCAGAGUUAACAUAUUUGGCAACAAUGGGUGGUGCAGAAUUGGUAAAUCUUCAAAACGUUAUUGGUAAUUUUAUAAUUGGUAAGGAGUUUGAUGCGUUAUGGGUUGAUCCAGAAGCAAAGAAUUCACCACUUGAUAUAUUUGAUAAUAUUGAUGAUGCUUUAGAAAGAAUUUUUGAAAAAUUUCUAUUUCUUGGUGAUGAACGAAAUCUUAAAGCUGUAUUUGUAAAAGGAAGAAGGGUGUCUGUAGUGAUGGUAGAAGAAGAUGCCGCUGCUGCUAAUGUUCGCGCUUUAGCUUGUCUUACAGAUGAAGCUGUCGACAAUCCAUAA